GCAAUCUCCAUCCGUAGUAAGCCAUUGUAGAGCUUCCCCUCCAGUAAACUAGUAGAAACAGUAUUCGUUAUAAGUGAAUAUUUUUCUAGAAAGUGAACAAAUCCCAGAAAUGUAUGACGAAGAAGCUACCGCCCUGGUCGUGGAUAAUGGAUCCGGAAUGUGCAAGGCCGGCUUUGCCGGCGAUGAUGCGCCCCGUGCCGUUUACCCGUCGAUUGUGGGUCGUCCCCGUCACCAGGGCGUGAUGGUGGGCAUGGGGCAAAAGGACUCGUAUGUGGGCGACGAGGCCCAGAGCAAGCGUGGCAUCCUCACACUAAAGUAUCCCAUCGAGCACGGCAUCAUCACCAACUGGGACGACAUGGAGAAGAUCUGGCACCACACAUUCUACAAUGAGCUGCGCAUCUCGCCCGAGGAGCACCCUAUUCUGCUCACUGAGGCUCCGAUCAACCCCAAGGCCAAUCGCGAGAAGAUGACCCAGAUAAUGUUCGAGACCUUCAAUGCCCCGGCCAUGUACGUGUCCAUUCAGGCGGUUCUCUCGCUGUACGCCUCGGGUCGUACCACCGGCAUCGUUCUGGACUCUGGCGACGGUGUCACACACACCGUACCCAUCUAUGAGGGCUACGCCCUGCCGCAUGCCAUCCUGCGUAUGGAUCUGGCUGGCCGGGAUCUGACCGACUAUCUGAUGAAGAUCUUGACCGAGCGCGGCUAUGCCUUCACCACCACCGCCGAACGUGAAAUUGUGCGCGAUAUGAAAGAGAAACUAUGCUAUGUGGCCUUGGACUUUGAGCAGGAGAUGGCCACCGCAGCUUCCAGCUCUUCUCUGGAUAGCUCUUUCGAGCUGCCCGAUGGACAAGUAAUAACCAUUGCAAAUGAGAGAUUCCGCUGUCCCGAGACCCUCUUCCAGCCUUCGUUCUUGGGCAUGGAGGCCCAAGGCAUACACGAAACGACAUAUAACUCGAUAAUGAAGUGCGAUGUGGACAUACGCAAGGAUCUGUAUGCCAACGUAGUGCUCUCUGGCGGCAGCACGAUGUACCCGGGCAUUGCGGAUCGCAUGCAGAAGGAGAUCACCGCCCUGGCCCCGUCUACCAUGAAGAUCAAGAUUGCUGCACCGCCGGAACGCAAGUACUCUGUGUGGAUUGGUGGCUCUAUUCUGGCCUCGCUGGCCACCUUCCAGCAAAUGUGGAUUUCGAAGCAGGAGUAUGACGAGUCUGGCCCUGCCAUCGUCCACCGCAAGUGCUUCUAGGUGAAAAGCAUACCUCGCGCUCCUGUCGAGACCAUUUUAACUUUUUAUUACUACUAUAUGCUAAAUUCUACUCCAAAAAUCCGUUGCUACGCAGGCAUUAAAAUUAUUCAUAUGUUUCGAUUAGAAGAUACCCUAUUUACCCGGUUGCUAUAUAUGUCCGAUUUCUUACGUCAAACGGGAGAAGAAGAAAGAAACUUUUGUGUACAGCAAAGUUCCUCCCAGCUUAAAUAAAAAAUGAGACAAAGUCUGCACAGCUGACGAGUGCCAAAGGACAUGGCAGGGAUUCGACUUUAUAGUCGACGACUGGGAAGCCAAGUGUAUGGGUAUAAAUAAAACAGGCCGCAGUUUUUCCACUA